GCCCCGCUUCCCGGCGAGCAGCCAUGUCCGGGACACGGGGACGCUGCAGCAGCCCGCCGUCCCGCCUGGGCGCCGACUAUUUCGACCAGCCCUGCGUCCGCCUGGCCAAAGCCCUGCUGGGCCAGGUUCUGGUUAGGAAGCUGCCGGACGGACGAGAGCUCCGGGGGCGGAUUGUUGAAACUGAAGCCUAUCUGGGAGGGGAAGACACAGCUUCCCACUCGAGGGGGGGGCGGCGGACCGCAAGGAACGCAGCCAUGUUCAUGCAACCGGGCACGCUGUACGUGUACCAGAUCUAUGGGAUCUACUUCUGCCUGAACGUCUCCAGUCAAGGGGAAGGAGCAGCGGUCCUCCUGCGCUCCCUGGAGCCUCUGCAAGGCCUGGAUGCGAUGAGGGAGCUGCGCCUGGCUCAGCAGAAAGGGGCUGCCCGGCCUCUGGGGGACCUGCACCUGUGUAAUGGGCCCUCCAAACUCUGCCAGGCCCUGGCCAUUGACCGGAGCUUUGAUCAGAAGGACCUGGCCUGCGACCCCACCAUCUGGUUGGAGCCUCAGCUGGAAGCCCUGGGAGAUGAAGUCCUUGUCUGUGCCACACGCGUCGGCAUCAGUGGGGAGUGGGCCCAGAAGCCAUUGCGUUUCUACCUCCGGGGCAGCAAGUGUGUGAGCGUCACUGACAAAAAUGCAGAGGUGGGCCUUCCAACACCACAUAGCACCAUCACGUAGAGGAAUGUUUUUAACGUGCAACAUUAAGCAUGCACUAACAUUGAUGCCAGUAGCGGACUAGAAGUGCUGUUUCAGAUUUAUUUAUGUAAAUAAACAUGUUUUGCUUC